UUCUUCAUAAAUAGAAAAUGUAUUUUCUUUUUCUAAAUAGAACAUAUAGUUGAAAAAUCUUGUUCCUAAUUAGCAAAUUUAACCCUGACCCUUGGUAAGAGGAUUAGGUUAUGUACUUUAUAUGGCUUGAUUAUAUUAAUAUUCAUGUAUUUGAUGGUUUCAGGUAGAUUAUGGAGCGGCUAUUCCUCUACCUUUCAAUAUGGAGAUUCUGAAACACGCAAGAUUUUGCUGCAUGCGAAGGUUCCUCCCAAAGUUAAAUUCCACAACAUAUGUGGGAUCAAUCUUGAGACACCUCACAGUGUUGGUUAUGGAAGUGAAGAUGCACCUGUUGCAGAUUUAUCAGAACUAAGAUUUCUCCAGGCUAAAUAUGUAUGUGUUGAUGGCGGUGGGACUGUUCCAACUGAAUCAGCCAAGGUUCUCUAGCUUCCGUGUUAAACGAUUAUUUCCGAUGUGAUGAUCUACCAUAUUAAUUAUGCUACGAAAAUUAAAAAUUG